UUUUCCGCAUCACGCAUAUCACGAAAUUGUAAAGGCGAAUUGAAAAGUAAUAAAGCAAUCGCCAUAUAUCCUAAAUUUGGUGGUUCUCUCACCUUUUUUGCACACCUGGACGAUAGGGUUCGCAAAAAUGGAAGAACUCCCCAUUGAACCCCACGGCAUCUUCUGGCAGGCCGACUUCAUCACCCCAGAGCACGAACAAAGCCUAAUCCACAUAUUUCAGCACACCCUACAAUGGCCCGCGCGCUCGGGCCGCCUAUCCCUGCACUACGGCUACACCUUCGACUACAAGACCUUCGGUGUGGACCCCGACAUCCCCUUCAAGGAAUUCCCGGACUGGUUGCAACCCCUUAUCCCGCUCGUGGACGGCAAACCCCCGGUGCAGGUAUGCCUACAGCACUACGCACCCGGGACGGGAAUCCCGCCACACGUGGACACGCACUCGACGUACGAUGAGCUGUUCGCUUUGUCGCUGGGGGCACCGGUGAUGAUGCAGUUUCGACGGGGCGAAAAGAGGGUGGAGAUUGAUCUGGCGCCAAGGAGCAUGAUGCAGAUGAGUGGUGAUUCGCGACUGCACUGGACGCACGGAAUUAAGAAGCGCAAGACCGAUACGCUGGGGGACGGGACCGUGAGGCAGAGGAGGGAUAGGUGGAGUAUUACGUACCGGUGGUUGCGGGAAGGGGAGUGCGAGUGUGGGAAUGAGGACCUGUGCGAUACGGCGCAGAGGAGGAAGGGGGUUGAGAGGGAGUAUAGGUGGAAGCAGGCAUCGGAGACAAAACCUAGCAGUGCUGGGGAAGUCACGGAGAAAGGAGUUCAUUAGUCGUGGAUGAAUAAAAUAUGAAAAGAGCAACCAGGGCAACAAAAUGCAACUAAUACUGGUCAGGGCUAUGGUUCGAACGCUCGAGUCCCAGUUACUAGCUGUAGGAGCGUCCUCCGUUGACUACUGUACCAAACAGGGGUGACUCAUACACUGCUUUUGGCCCUCAUACGGCUUUAUGAGUGUACGACAUUGGUCCGAGUAUUUUGUUUAGGUGCACUCGUUUCGAUCGCAUCUCUGUUUGAAACGAGUUAAUCAUCUAAAUGAAGAGCGCAAGCGUUUGUCUCGAACGCUAUAGCCUCCUGCUAGAAUGGCCAG